AUGGCAGACACACGCUCUUCUCCCGCCAGCAACCGUCAACCCAGCCCAUCAUCUUCUCCUAGCAAAGCAGGUACCAAACGGAAGGCGGAUGAGGGUGCAGUCGAAGAGACAAAGUCGAAGUCCACCAAGCAGCAGAAAACUAUUGAGGAGACUUUGCCAGCUGCCAAUGGUACACAUAGUGGCCUUGGUAACACAAAGAAGGGGGAACAGUCGAAUGGCAACACCAAGACCAACGGAGAAGCCGAACGAAACGGUGUGAAUGAUGAGAAGCCAAAGGAGAACAAGAGCGAGAAACCUGAUGCUGAGGACUCCAAGACUACCCAACAAUCUAGCGAGAAGAGUGCCUUUGAUCGAUUGAAAGCGAAUGACACAGAUGCUAGUACCACGAACAAUGAUGAUAGCAAGAGAGAAAGCGAGGCCGCUGUCGAGGGCCAUGCCGUCGAAGAAGAUCAGAAUCGUGCCGAAGCAAUGCCGUCAAACAUUCUUGAGAAGGGCAUCAUCUACUUCUUCUCGCGUGGGAGAGUCAGUGUCGACAGCCCAGAUAGUGUCCAAGACUUGGCUCGAAGCUACUUCGUCCUGCGACCUCUUCCAGAUGGUGCAAAGCUCACCGACGGAGCGAUACAAGAUGUUAAGAACAAUCGCUUGAUCGCCCUGCCAAAGAAAGUCUGGCCGAAGAGUGGAAAGGAUCGCUUCAUGGCCUUUGUCGAGAAGACAAAAGUUGGUAUGGGCUUACUCAAGGAGGAGUUUUUUUCGGGGUCCGACUACAGCACCAAGACCACUGGUACGCGACACACCCCCGAAGUGACCCCAAUGGGGGAGGGAGUCUACGCCAUGACCACGACUGGCGGCGGUCAAGGAACCACUCACCUGGCGUAUAUGCUAACCAUCCCAUCUGAGGUCGGCGAGGUACAGAAUGACCUUGGUAUCGCAAAGAAGGGAUCGUUCGUCCUCUCACUCAAAAACCCUGAAUCAUCUGGUCCUGCAAAUGCGCAGCUUCCCCAGGGAGCAGACUAUCCGAAGGAGGUUAUGGAUGAGUUCCGUGGCCGUAACUGGAUGCCUGCCGAACCCAAACAUCUCGACUAUGAGAUGGCGCAGGUGUUGCUGAUCGGAGAGGACUUUGACUCAAGCAGCAAUCUCGAUCCUGCGCCCAAGGAUGAGAGGAAUGGUGAAAAGGAGACGCCACAAGAAGAGCUGGAGAAACUUGAGGGAGAGGAUGAACACCGGGUUGAGAGACUGAGAGGAGAUGAUACCGUCUUUGCCGAUUUGGGAUUAUCGAGCAAAGACUACCCAAAAGUGCCAACCACUUGGUGA